UAUCAUCGCUGUGGUUUUUUACGUAGGUGAUGGCAGCGGAGGUAGUUAUUGAGGCUAGUGCAUAGACCUUCCGUACGUAGUUAGCGCUCUGCUAAGCGAGGAAAACCAACCCCUCGCUCAUCGCCAGCCCUCAUACACCACAAAGUCGCGAUGCUAGAUGCGUUUUCACGCGUUUAAAUUUAGCAACCAACAUGCCCCGUUGGCCUUACAAAAAUACGGAUUUACGCCAUCAUACGAGCAAGCGGAGGGCAAGGAAGCUUAAAAAAUGGGUGACGAUUUCUACAGAAGCAGUUCUUACAACUAAUGCAAUUCUCGCUUUAGAGGCAGCAAAGCAGGCAACAGCAGACGCUGCAGCUGCUGCAAAAGCAGCUAAGACAGCUGCUAGCGCUAUUAAGCAGCUUGCAAAGGACAAAGAAGCCGUUCAGCUACAGCUAAGGAAGGACGCUCGAGCUAUCGCCAAGACUACACGAGAAUUACAGGCCGCUGCCGAACGCGCAUCAGGUGAAGCAGGCAAAGCUGCUAAGCAGGCAGAGAGGGCCUGUAUAGCAGCAGAUAAAAUAGCACGUGCGAAGCAAACUACAGAGGCAGUUGCUGAGGCCCUACGAGCUAAGGAAGCGGAACACGCUGCGCAGCAGCUCGUGUAGCAGCAAUUAGGUGCGCUUGAGCAUGCCGAGCAGCAGUUAGCUACUGCUAAGCAGCGAGUUAGAUGCUGCUGCACGAGCUGCUAAGGCCGCUAAGCAGGCAAAGGGUGAUAGCAGUAGUGAUGAGGAUGCAGUAGAGAGCGAUGGCAGCACGGAGAGCGAGGACAACGACGUAUAACUACUCUACCAAAUUAUUUGCUACAUACGGAAGCUCCAUACAAACGUAGAGCUUCAAAAACCGUGAAUA